AUGGCAGUUGCUGCCCUCGUUUUGGGCUGCGUGCUCGCUUAUGUUAGUGCAAGUGGUGAAUUUGAAUUUCACGAUGAUAAGGGCAACUGCUGGCGCUGCACACCUGGAAAUUCUUGUGAAAGAUGUAAAACAUCUGAUAAUCCAAUCAGUAAACUUCCAAUUAAUAUACUUCCUGUUUGGCCUAAUCAGUGUGUAAUCCCUGACUGUGAAGCUUUGAGAACACAAUUAGUUCCAUUGUCAACUCUUUUCCCAUCAACGAUAUCAAGAAAAUUCUACCAAUGUCGUCAAGAUCCAGCAAACACUAAUGUCUGGGUAGCUAAUGAACGUGAUUGUCCAUGUGAUACACUCUUCAGUUAUGAACAACAAGCAUGCGUUUUUCCAUUUGACUGGAUACCACAUUGCUCAAAUAUGAUUAACUGGGAUACUGAAGUUUGCCCUGGAAUACCUACAACAACUACAGAAGCUGCAACAACCACCACAGAAGCAUCUACCACCACAUCUCAAUCUCCAUGUAUGUGCAUGCCAUGGUGGCCAUGCUGGUGUAACCCAUGCUGGCAAAUGCCAUGUCAGAGCUGCAGUGGAUGCAUGACUGGUUAA